UUUUCGGGUUUCUCUAGAGUGAUCUUUGAAAAAUGGACACGAAAGUUGACGUGGAAGACGAAAUUGAUACAAGUAAAUUAGAGUUUCAAGAUUUUCCUCAAGAUAAAGGAAAAACACAGACUCAUACAUUUACUGACUUUCCUCAUACAGCAGAAUCAGACGAGGAUGAUGUUUAUGAUAAAUCUGAGCUUCUCAAAGAAGAAAAAACAGAAUCCAAAGUAUCAUUCUGGACAUUUGAGUACUAUCAACAAUUUUUUGAUGUAGAAAGUAAAGAUGUUUUGCAGAGAGUAUUGGGAUCUAUGUAUCCACAUCCAAACAGGAAUUAUCUGAAAACAAAAAUCAGACCUAGUCCUGAUUUAUAUGGACCAUUCUGGAUCUGUACAACAUUAGUGUUUACCACAGCUAUAGCUGGUAACCUAGCCAAUUAUCUCUCUACUGGAGGUUCUGCAGAUUAUAACUGGAAGUAUGAUUUCCACAAAGUAUCCUUUGCUGCUACAGCUAUAUUUAGCUAUUGGUGGAUUCUCCCUGGAGUUAUUUUUGGAUUUCUGUGGUGGUCAGGAAAUCAGAUUGGAUAUACAUUCCUAGAAAUUUUAUGUGUUUAUGGUUACUCACUUGCAAUAUUUAUUCCUAUAUCAAUAUUAUGGGUUGUACAAUUUAACUGGUUCCAAUGGAUGCUAGUUAUACUAGGGACUGUUUUAUCAGGAGGAGUAUUAGUAUUCAUAUUUUUACCUGCUGUUAGAGAAUCUACAAAGAAGUAUACCUGGGCUUUGAUUGUGAUCAUAUUUUUACUUCAUGCUUCAUUAGCAGUAGGAUUUAAGUUGUACUUUUUCCACAUUCCUCAGUCAACAAAUAUGGACUUAUUAACUAAUACAACAGCACCACUAAAGAACACGGUUCCCCCAAAACCUUUACCACAGAAACCACUUGCAAAAGAAAUUCAUUUUCCUACAACUAAAGAGCCACAAAAUGUAGUUAAAGAGAAGCAAGGUGAUGGAAAUAAGUUAAAAGAUGCUAUCAAGGUACCAGAAACACAGAACAACAAUCUUACUCCUCUAAAGAGUAGUAUAAGCAACCCAAAUGCAAAAAGUGCAUCACCAGUAAAACGAUCUUUAUCUAGUAAUGGAUAAAUUAAUUUAUUCUAUGUAUAUCUAUGUUUAGGGGUUACGUAAAAUGGUCAACACAUAAUCAUAAUCAUGUGACUGUAUAUACCAUGGUGUGAACCAUGAAGAAUUGAUCAUAAGAAAUCCAUAGAAUUUUUGCAUGAAGAAAGUAACUUCUGUAUGAAUAUGUCAUAGUGUCCUACUCUAGACAUUCCAAGGAAAGAAAUCUGAUUGAUGUGAGCAUGUUUUAACUACAGAACUCUUUUCUGUAGUUUUGGGAACUACAAAUAAGGACUUGUUUAUAUCCUACUUGCAGUUUACCGGGUACUCAAUAUCUGGGCUUGUUAAACCUUUUAUUUGUUGAAUACAAAUGUGUUAUUCAUAUGUUACCUUCUGUUUGAUGAAUAUAAGU